UUUUCUUACACUGAUUGCUUUUACACCCAUAAAGGCUGUAAAAGCAAUCAUUUUAUCUCCUUCUCUCUGGCUGCAUUCUUGCAGCCAUUGAAGAAAUACUGUGUGAGCUGUGAUUGGGUAAUUCACAGCUUGUCACAAGGUACAAGGAAUAGUCUUGUAUCAUGUGAUCUCUGUGAUCAUUCACAGAUUUCACACGUAGUAAGCAUUGAUGUCAGAAGUGACAUCUUGCUUACUACUCUUCAUGUGAUCACUGCUUGGCCAAUAAGUGAUCACAUGAUCGGGACCAAUCAAACAGAGGUCCCAUAGAAUGAUCGGUGUUCCACUGUGUCCAGAGGACACAGCAGGCACCGGAUCGCUGGGGGGGAAGCAGCCAUUUAUAAACAGCCACCUGCCCCUGCACUGCUU